AUGGCCGCGCCAACCACCAUGAUCGAUCCCACGAAACAGGCCGAGUACCCCAUUGUGCUGGGAGAGCGCCUGGCCGAGAGCGCCGGCGCUCAAAGCCGUCUGGUCAACAUCAACUACAACUACAAGACCAAGUCGGCCACGCCCCAGCAGCGAUCCAUCAUCACCCGCGCCUCACGCUCCCGCGACCUCUACGACCUGGUCGUGAAAGACAAAGCACCAAAUGCCGAUAACACGUUGUCAUACUCCUACAAAGGCAGUGAGGACCCCUCGACAGACCGGAACUUGGUGCUGGUGUUCGACCCGGACCGCAAGGUGUUUGUCUUGGAGCCCGUCUCCACCAAACUGAACUUUAACCUGCGGUCGGCACCGGGCAAGACAGAAAAACAGGUCCUCGAACAGUACGAACAACUGCGCAUAUUCCAAGAGGAGGAUCAUGCAUCGGGAGACGACCGGCUCACGGGUAGCACCAGCGAGGACGAGGGCCCGGCCGACGAUAGCAACCCGUACGACUAUCGGCACUUCCUCCCCAAGGACCGUGCCCAGGAUGACAAGCCUGCUUCUUACCUCACCACUCCCGAACUAUCUGCAAGCAGGGCCGAUACACCCCAGGUGCCGGCGGCUACCAAACCGGCCCCGAAGCCUAUGACCCGACCCAAGACCCAGGCCAACCCUCUCCGACAACAGAAGAAACGCGCAGAGAAGCCAGACGCAAGACCAGCUGCUGAAAAAACUCGCCGUGCUGAACCGGAACUGGAAGAGUCCCGCUCGCCGCCCUCUGACGCAGGGACAUCCCAGCAGGCCGACCAAUCGCCUAAUUCGAACAUCAUCAUCGACGGAGAUUUAAUUAUUGACAUGGGAUCGCCGCCACCGUCACGACCAGCAUUCAAGGUCAAUCCCGCCUACUUCUCGUCCAACAAUACCCCCAAUGCCGAUUCCCAUGACGGAGACGAGUCCAUGGAGGAUCUACAGCUCCCCUCUCCAGCCAGAGAUACUGUGAAACCUUCGGAUUCUGGAGGAGGGGAUGGAACAGUGGAUGACGACGCCCUGGCGGCGGAGAUGGAGGCGGCCUUUGAAGAAAGUGCCAGGGAAGAAGAAGCCCGCAGCCAGCAGUAUGGCCAGUCAGCGUCUCGGCAGUAUGUUGCCAGCGAUGACGAAAGUGAGGUCAGCGAGGAGGAAUGA